AUGAUAGAGCCAGUUUCGAAUGCUCCUGAUGCCCCUACAUUAAGUGAAUUAUAUGGAUUAUGUAGACCUAUAGAAUAUUUUCAAUCAUCUAAAAAAAAUGAUAUAAAUAAUAUUUAUGGUGUUUUACCAUUUGUUGCACCUGAAGUUUUAAGAGGUCAAUCUUAUACUUUGGCUAGUGAUAUAUAUAGUUUUUCUAUGAUUAUGUGGGGAUUAGUAUCUGGAGUUUCACCAUUUAAUCAUGAAGCUCAUGAUUUUCAACUUGGUUUAAAUAUUUGUAAAGGCAAACGACCUAAAGAUAUUGGAAAUGCUCCACAAUGUUAUAUAAAUUUAAUGAAAAGAUGUUGGGAUGAAUGUCAAUCAAAAAGACCAACUGCAAUAGAAAUUAAAAAAAUUAUUGAAAGUGACUUGUCGGGAUAUUAUCUUAAUACUAAUUUAAAUUUUGAAAAUAAUUUUGUUACGAUACGACUUAAAUCCGAAGAUAAAAGAGUCAAAAAACAAAAUUAUUAUUUUCCACCACUUACCAGUGGUUUUUCUGAAGGAGAUUUACCUACUGGAUUUACCUGCCAAAAAAAAAAGAAAAAAACCAAUACUUCGCAUCUAUCAAAUCAAGAUACCUUUUCGAUUGGGAUCAAUAUGAAGAUAUGUUCACAAAUGAAAAGAUUUUAUCCUCAUUUGGAAAUGAAUAUGAAUUUCGAAGAAGAAUUUGAAGAUACUACAAACAGUGUUGGACAUUUAUCUAAUUGGACAUAUAAACUUGAGGAUAUAUUAUUAUACGAAACUGAAGAAUUUCAGAGUAUAGCACAAUUGAUGAAGGGCUUGCAAAGACGAUAUCAGAACUCUAUUGAGUGGGAUAUCAUCGAGUUCCAUCGUUUUUUCGUAGAAAAAAACAAAGAUAGAUCGGAAAAACUCGAGUACAAGUGGGCUACAAACAAACUCAACAAGAGUUUGCGAAGUAUUGGUAACACAUUAGCCGAAAAGGCAUUAAAUCUUCAAGAAACAGCUAAGGUAAGUGUAGUUUUUCCUUGUAUAAAUGUGAUGUUGCAACAUGAACAAUGGUUUAGUUGGUUUAGAUAUCUACGACUACGAGGGAAUACUGCUUGA